UAGCUCCCGUUGCGGACGCGGCGAAGCGGUGUUGGCGGGUGGGGGUGGGCGUGCCCCCUGCCGCACUGAGGCUGCGCGAACUCCCGGUCCGGGGCGGGGCGUCCCUCAGGCACGCAGUGUUGCCAUGGAGACGGGGGCGGGGCCGGCGCGAGACUUGCGUCCUGAGGCGCGGGAAGCGAGGAGGUGGCGGGCACUGGCCGCGCCGGCCUGAGGAGUUGGGACCGUCCCUCCCGAGACUUGUCUGAGGCGGAAGGGCUCGGCCUCUGCGGCCGGAGCCCAGAGGCGAGCGUACGUCACUCCGAGCCCGGUCGGUGACUACGUUGUGGGCGCGUCCGCUUCCUCUUCCUCUGGAAGUGCAGUAUUCCAUGCACAGAUCACUAAUUUUUGAUUCAUAAGAAUCUGCUUACUGAAAAGUGUGCAUCAAGCCACGGGUUGAAUUUUCAGCAAAAAAAGAUUAAGCAGAGAAUGGAGAGGAAGGUUGACUCCAGGUCUUUUAGGGACAGUGCAGUAAAGAAACCUUAUUCUCCAAAGAUACUGUCCACAAAGAAGUCCUCUGCAUUCUCUGGGAGCCGGAGUGAGAUAUCUAGGGCCAGUCACCCAGUGAAGUACUGUCCCUCACAGGCCCGAACCCGAAGGGGCCGGCUCAGAGCACUGCAUGUCAGAUGCAUGGCCAGAAAGUACUUGUAUUUGUGGAUUCGAAUGACUUUUGGAAGAGUAUUUCCCUCUAAAGCCAGGCUUUACUAUGAACAAAGAAUUCUGCGAAAGGUCUUUGAAGAAUGGAAAGAAGAGUGGUGGGUUUCCCAUCGAGAGUGGAAACUCCGUGUUCGAGCUGACUGUCACUACAGAUAUUACUUGUACAGCCUGAUGUUCCAGACCUGGAAGACCUACGUGUACCAGCAACGGGAGAUGAGGAGCAAGUACCUGAGAGCUGAGAAUCAUGAUGCAAAGCAAAAGAUGCGACAGGCCUGGAAGUCCUGGUUGAUCUACGUGGUUUUCCGUAGGACCAAACUUGAGAUGCAGACCACUGCCCUGGAGUUCAGGCGGCAGAGUAUUCUGUGGGUGUGCUGGAGUGCGUGGAGACGGCAACUGGACCGAGUCCACCUAGGCCGGACCCUCCAGGCCACGGCCAUGAAGCAGCGGGCCCGGAGCCUCCAGCUGCAGGCUUGGUCACGGUGGCAGGAGCAGCUCCUCUUUGUCCGGAGGGAGAGACGGAAGACGGUCUCUGCAGUAAAACACCUUCAGCGCCGCCAGCAGUGGAGAGCCCUCGGGGCCUGGCUGGAGUACCUGCAGCUGCGCAGAGAGAAGGGGCUGCGGAACCAGGUGGCCGAGCGAUUCCACCGCGUCACCCUGCUCCAGACGCACUUCUGUGCCUGGUGGCAGGCCUGGGAGCGGAGGGAGAGCCUGCACGCCCGCCACGCGCAGGUGGAGGGGCUGGCCAGGAGGACGCUGCUGCGGAGGGCCUUGGCUCACUGGAGGCACUAUGUGCUGCUGUGCACAGAAGCGGCUGAGCGGUGGAAGGCGGCGAGAGAACACCACAGGCGCGGCCUGCUGCAAUUUUGCUUUAAAGCCCUGAAGGACAACGUGACCCAUGCCCGUCUCCAACGAAUAAGAAGGAAUCUUGCUCACCAGCAGCGUGAUGUCAUGCUGCUGCACAGGGUCUGGAACCUCUGGCAGUUGCGGCUCGAGCAGAGGGAGGAAAGAGAGCAUUUGCCCUUCCUGCGUGCUGCCUGGGACCACAGCAGAAUAACAUUGCUUCGCAAGUGUUUCCAGUUGUGGUCACAGUCCACCCAGAAGAGGCAGUCCCAGCAGCUGUUGCAGGCCAGAGCAGACGGCCACUUCCAGCAGAGAGCCCUGCCUGCAGCCUUCCAGGCCUGGAGGAGACUCUGGCGGUGGCGUCAGCAGCAGCAAGCCCUCGAGGCCCGGGCCGCGUGCUUUCACAGGGAGAUGUUAGAGAAGCAGAUGUUUGCCGCCUGGUGUCAGAAGAUGUCUCAGCAUCGAGAACACUGCUUAGCAGAGAGGAUGGCCGUGCUCCACGCAGAGCGGCACCUUCUGCAGAAGUCGUGGUCCACGUGGCGCCAGCAGGCAGCAGCACACCGCCUGGAGCGGCAGCGGCGUGCACUGGCCUGUGCCCACCACCACCUCGGGCAGCUCAGGAAGGCCUUCUGUGUCUGGAGGGAGGGCGCCCGAGGGCUCAGAACAGAGAGGACGGGCAAUGUGCGGGCUUCACGGUUCCACGCGGCGUGGCUUCUGCGCUGGGCCUGGACCAGGUGGCGGGAGGUGUAUCAGAGCCGAGUGUGGCGCAUGCUGCAGGAGGCGGCUGCCAGGGAGAGCCAACACAAGAGGCGGCUGCUGCGGCGCGUGUUACGUCGCUGGAGAGAGAACACCGUGGCCCAAGCGGACGAAGCGAAAAAGACGUCCCGGGCAGCAGCUCACUACAGAAGGACACUGUGCUCCAAGGUCCUGCUUGAGUGGCGAGAGGCAGCAUCUGUGCAGGUGUAUUACCGAGAGCAGGAGGAUGGGGCUCUCAGGGAGGCCCAGCUGGUGCUGAGUAGGGGCCGUCUCAGGACCUGGUUUUGGCGCUGGCGGGACCGAAGCCGGAGGGCUGCCCGGCAGAGGGUGCAGAUGGAGCAGGCAGUGCAGCAUUACUGCCAGAAGCUGCUGCAGGAGGCCCUGGCCCGGUGGAAGGCGCACCAUCAGGGCUGCGUUAGGAAGAGGCUGCGGCAGAGGCAGGCCGCCCGACUCCUGGCCCAGACGCUCAGCCGGGCUUGCUUCCACCAGUGGAAACGGCAGCUGGUGGACAGGAGGCAAGAGCGGCAGCUCACGGCGCGGGCCCUGUGGUUCUGGGCCUUCUCCCUGCAGGCGAAGGCCUGGGCUGCCUGGCGGGGCUUCGUGCAGGAGAGGAGGAGGAAGAAGGCGCGGGAGGAGCAGGCGGUGCAGGCCUACCACCAGCAGCUCCUCAGGGAGGGCGUCGAGCGCCUCCUGCGCUUUGCGGCGGGCAUGAAGGCCUUCCGGCAGCAGCUGCACGCCCAGCAGCAGGUGCAGGCAGCCCACAGUCUCCACCGCGCAGUGCGUCGCUGUGCCACGCUCUGGAAACAGAAGGCGCUGGGCCAGGGCAGGGAGCCGCAGCCCCCUGCGUCCACCGAGCCCAGCAGAAGAGUGACGUUUGAGCGUCCCCUUCCCAGCCACGUUGCUGCCGGGGCUGGCGAUGCCCCCCUGGAGACCAGGAGACCACCAGCUCCUCGGGGGCUUUGGGGAGCCUUGGACAGCCUGGCAUCAGCCCCUGGGGAGCCCCAGCUCCUGGGGCUCAAUGCUGCCCGCCGGGCACGGAAGCAGCCACGACGCCCAAGCUUCCUGGUGGAGCCCUUGCAGAGCCAGGCGCCCCUGGGGUGCGGCCCCCUCAGCAGGCAGGGGUCCGAGGCCCUGUGGGAGCGCGGCCUACACCAGGUCCAGCCAGUGGGCCCCGCCCGGGCAGCGCUGGACCCAAGCAGCCCCCUGCCACGUGCCCCCAGCCUGAAGCCGCCACCCACGGCGCACCCGGGCCCAGAGCUGCUGCCCCCGUCCUCGUUUGCACCACGUGGGGCCCAAGUCCCCGUUCGGCUGUCAGCCCAGCCGAUGACCCCUGGGCUUCCGUCCCAGAUCCCUUUGUCCCUGGCCGGUGUCCCCAGCCCCCGUCUGCUCCUUCCUGGGGACUUUCGGGGCACCAGGCCUGGGCCUGGCUCUGACCCUGCAGCUGUGUACCGGGGGCCUGUCAGCACCUCGAGAGGGGGCGCCCCUCCCGGCAGCUCGGCUCAUCCUGCAUUGAGCCAGGAGGCUGGCCGAAAUCAAGCCUGUUCUCCUGUGGGCACUGGCCACAACCUGGAGGCUGAGCUUGAGGGCAUCCGGCAGCAGCUGCAGGACUACCAGACCACGAGGCAGAACCUCAGGUCCUGCCAGCGGCAAGCGCACAGCCUGAGGCGGUGGCUAGAGCUGAGCAGGGAGGAGCCCCAGCCUGAGGACCAGGAAGCUGAGCAGCAGGUUGAGGAGGAGCUUCGGAAGGUGAGGCGCGGGCGGCCAGGAGGGCUCCUGGGUGGGGCUUCCUCUCAGCCGGCCCCCCGUCCCUCAGGUGGAGGUGCAGAUCCAGCAGCUGGCCCACGAGCUGCAGGCCCGGCGCCAGCCUGUCCACACCUGCAUCGCUCGGGUCCAGGCCCUGCGGCAGGCUCUGUGCUAGUCACCACAUCCAGGAACAGAAUGCAGAGCGGCAGUGUUUUUUAGUUUAUUUCAAAAUGUUGCAAUUAAAUGAAUCACUGUUCAGAAGUCUCCCAUUUUCAUACAAAAAUACUGUGCUACUGAUACAGUUGAAAAAGUUCAAAUGGCUUCUCCUGCAGGAGAAAUUCACAGCAUCCCCAGGAACCAUGAAACUUGGCCCCCCCCC